AUGCUUCGUCGUAACUUCUGGCGCCUCGUCGGCCUCAACAAGGUACAGUCCUUGGAGGAGGCCGUCGCGGACAUGACGGAUGGCAUCUCUGUCGCGGUCGGCGGAUUCGGCUGCAGUGGUGUGCCGGACGCUGUCAUCAGCGCCAUGUGUACAAAGGGUGUAAAGGACAUGACUCUCUACACGGACUCGGCGGGUGUCGACGGCUUCGGCCUCGCCCGCCUCAUCGAGUCAAAGCAGGUGCGCCGCAUCUGCUGCUCUUUUGUAGGCAUGAACAAGAUCUUCAAGAAGCGGUACCUCGAGGGCGACGUCGAGCUCGAGUUUGUGCCGCAGGGAACACUGGCGGAGCGCAUGCGUGCCGGUGGCGCGGGCAUCCCUGCCUUUUACACGGCGACGGCGUACGGGACGCAGCGUCAGACAGGAGGGCAGAUUAUCCGGUACGACAAGAACGGUGCGCCGUGUGUCAUCUCGGAGCCGAAGGAGACGCGCCAGUUCGGGGAUCGGUGGUACGUUCUGGAGAAGACGAUCCGGCCGGAUUACGCGAUUGUGAAGGCGCUGAAGGCGGACAAGAGCGGCAACCUUGUGUUCCGCGGAACUGCGCGCAACUUCAACAUCCCUGCUGCGCAGUGUGGGCGGCGCGUGAUCGCGGAAGUGGAGCAGGUGGUAGAGAACGGCGAAAUCCACCCGGACGACGUGCACUUGCCUGGCUUGUACGUGCAUCGCGUUGUGCAAGCGUCGUACGAGGUGCCUAUCGAGAAGCGAACUGUGUUCGGUAGCGGUGCGCAGCCAAGCAGCGGGAACCCGAGCGACGACCGCCAGAGGAUCGCGCGGCGGGCGGCGCUGGAGUUUGCAGACGGCAUGUACGCGAACCUCGGCAUCGGCAUCCCGACAGAGGCAGCAAACUAUAUGCCCGCCGGCGUGACGGUGACGCUGCAUUCUGAGAACGGGCUGUUGGGCAUGGGCCCAUUCCCGACAGCGGACAAGGUGAGCGCCGACUGGAUCAACGCCGGAAAGCAGACGAUCUCGUACAUGCCUGGAGCAGCAUGCUUCGACAGCGCGACGUCGUUCGCAAUGAUUCGCGGCGGCCACAUGAACCUGACGAUGCUGGGUGCGCUUGAGGUUUCGUCGCACGGCGACCUCGCGAACUGGGGUAUCCCCGGCAAGCUCGUCAACGGCCCUGGUGGUGCGAUGGACCUCGUCGCGAGCGGCUCUCGCGUGGUGGUGGCAAUGUCGCACUGCAACAAGAGAGGCGACUCGAAGCUUGUGGAGAGGUGCUCGCUGCCCGUGACGGGCCUGCAUUGCGUGAACCGCAUCAUUACGGAAAAAGCUGUGUUUGACGUGAUCGACAAACAUCUCGUGCUGAAGGAGGUUGCAGAGGGUCUCACAGUAGACGAUAUCAAGAACUGCACUGCUGCUCACUUCGAAGUGGACAAGGUGAAGCCGAUAGCAUACGCCGCCCCCGUAUCCGGCUGA